CUUCGUAUUCCUGCUGGAUGAUCUCACAGCAGACCGAGUUCCCCUCCUAAUCUCAGGAAUGACAUCCGAACGAGAGGAAAUCAUGGAGUUAUAUAUCCAAACAUGGGGAAUAAGUUUGUAAAACUGAAUUCGAACUUUUACAUUAACAACAGUGCAGCCAAUAAACUGCAUGCACUUCAGAUUGAUGAGCAAUCUUCAUGGUUGAGACUGAGGAGUUAACGGGCUGGGUCCGUUAUCGCCUGUAUUAGACUGUGCCGGGUGAUGAUGGCAAACAUGUCCGGGGAUGAAGGUCCCGAGGCGCAGCUGGUCACUGAGGCCGGGCCCAACUGGCUCCGAGCGGAGAUCGAACGCCUGACGCGGGAACUGAGCGAGACGAGCCGGGAGAAGAUCCAGGCGGCGGAGUACGGGCUUGUGGUGCUGGAGGAGAACCAGCAGCUGAAACAACGCUUUGAAGAUCUGGAGAACGAAUAUGAGACCGUCAGACAAGAACUGGAUCAGCUUAGAGAGGCAUAUGGCCAGGUUCACUCCACCCAUAGAAAGGUGGCUGCAGACGGGGAAAGCAGGGAGGAGUCCCUUAUCCUGGAGUCGGCAUCUAAAGAGGCGUACUAUGAGCAGAGAGUGCAGGAACUGCAGGCUGACCUGCGACAAACAAAAAACACUCUCACCAGCACCCAGUCGGAGAACGAACGUCUGGCCACCCAUGUACUCGAGCUGCGAGAGAAUAAUGAGAUCGUGGAGCUGCAGCGCAGUCGUCUACGUGACGACAUUCGGGAGUACAAAAUCCGAGAGUCUCGUCUGCUGCAAGACUACACUGAACUGGAGGAGGAGAAUAUCAGCCUUCAAAAACAAGUCUUAACCCUUAAACAGGGUCAGGUGGAGUUCGAGGGACUUAAACAUGAGAACCGACGUUUGGAAGAGGAAGUGCAGUACCUGAAUAGCCAGCUAGAGGACGCUGUUCGGUUACGCGAAAUAGCAGAGCGUCAGCUAACGGAGGCUCUAGAAACCGUAAAGACCGAGCGGGAACAGAAAGCAGCUCUUCGGAAAGAACUGACACAUCACAUGACCCUGGGAGACUCCCUCCUUGCCAGCUCAUUGGAUGGGCUCAAACUGAGCACAGAUGAACCAAAUAACGACGAUGCCAUUCUGACGUUUGAAAACGGAUUUGCUAAAGUCAGCGACGUUAGCGAUGAAGACAACCGAUUGUCUUCACCCAAAAGAGAUGGAAACUUCCGUCCCGCACCAAGUCUGGUGGAUGACUUGUUGACAGAGCUGAACAUUUCAGAAAUCCAGAAACUCAAGCAACAGCUCUUACAGGUGGAGCGAGAGAAGGUUGCUCUUCUCACCACCUUACAGGACUCUCAGAAGCAGUUAGAGCAUGCUCGAGGAGCAUUAGCCGAACAGCAAGAAGCUAUGACAAGACUUAGCGAUGAUUUGGGCGUAAUGAGGAGACUGCAGGCAGGCAAGGAGAGGCAGUCGGCCCUGGACAGUGAGCGAGAGCGGGACAGUCGAGAGGACAAUGAUGUGGACUAUUAUGAGCUGGACAUCAAUGGGCCAGAAAUACUUCGCUGCAAGUAUGAGGUAGCAAUAGCAGAGGCAGGUGAAUUGAGAGAGGAGCUUAAGGCACUAAAAUCAGAGCAUGAUGAGAUGAAGGACGAGCAUGAAGAGGUACGGGCACGACUGGAGGGACAAGUGCGGGACCUCAGUGUUCAAGUGUCUCAGUUGGAGAGCAGUAGCCGUGCAGACCGCGACCAAGUCACUCGGUUGGAAAAGGAGCUGAAGGAAGUGACUGCUGUCGCGGGCGAGACAGAAGGAAGUCUCAGCGUUGCCCAGGAUGAGCUUGUUGCCUUCAGCGAAGAGCUUGCAAACCUCUACCACCAUGUCUGCAUGUGCAACAACGAAACCCCGAAUCGCGUCAUGCUUGAUUUUUACAAAGAGGGUAAAGGAAACAAGACCGAGGGUAAAGAUCUUCAGUCUACGUUGACGCAAACCACCGACGGCAAAUCCGAGGCACCCAGGUCCACCUCCACCGCUCCUGACAGCUCAACUUCUGGAACACCGGUUAGAGAAGAUCCACGUCCUGAACCAAUGGACAUCUACAACCUAGUAGCAAUAAUUCGGGAUCAGAUACGCCACUUGCAGAAGGCGGUGGACCGCACCACAGAACUAUCCAGGCAAAGAGUUGCGUCUCUAGAGUUGGCCGCGGUGGCGGAUAAAGACCAAGCUGCUUGCAUGGAGGAGAUUUUGAAGCUCAAGUCCCUGCUGAGCACUAAGCGAGAACAGAUUGCCACGCUGAGGACGGUGCUCAAGGCCAACAAACAGACAGCUGAGGUUGCCCUGGCAAACCUAAAGAGCAAAUAUGAGAACGAAAAGGCCAUGGUCACUGAAACCAUGAUGAAGUUGAGGAACGAGCUGAAGGCUCUUAAAGAAGAUGCCGCCACAUUCUCCUCUCUCAGGGCAAUGUUUGCCACCAGGUGUGAUGAGUAUGUAACACAAUUGGACGACAUGCAGAGGCAGCUGGCUGCAGCAGAAGAUGAGAAGAAGACUUUGAACUCCCUCCUCCGGAUGGCCAUCCAGCAGAAACUGGCUCUCACUCAACGACUGGAGGAUCUGGAGUUCGACCACGAACAGUCCCGAAGAGGAUCCGGUGCUGGGGCAAGCGGUCGUGGGAAGGCUUCAUCUGGCCGUGGCAGAGGACCCUUGUCGUUUUCCAGCCCCCAUGUAAGUCCUAGGCUUCCCUGUAAGAACCGACCGCAGCCACACGGCCUCAUUGGAAGUCCUGCGGUUUUCUGCAGUGAGAAGUAUAAAAUUCUGUAUGACACUGGAUCCGAAUAACACCUGUGUGUAACUCACUCAUCAGCAUCCUCAUGCUAACUAACAUUCCUUUUACUGUAUGUGUGCUAUGCUGGCAUGUCACUGUUUGUGCUAACAGUUGAUGGCUUUAUUAAUACUUAUUAUAAAGGUCGGUGCUUAGUCCUUCUCCUGUAAGUCAACAUGAAGAAAUUGAAUUGGUUGGUAAUACCAUACUACCUACUAGAGUUAUCACAAUUGCUACAAGUAAAAGACACCACUACAAGAUUGUUAAAUUUUGGAAGACAGAGUUUGUUUUGUGACUUUUAGUAUUGACGAGUACCAGCACUUUUUACAUUUAUAGUACCUACUUUUUUUUUUUUUUUUUUUUUUUAAAGAAAACAGGCUGUAGUGUAUGCAAAAUUUCAGUAUGUGUCAUGAAACUAGAUUCUACACUACCAGUCAAAUGUUUCGAACAGUAAGUUUUUAAAAGUUUUUUAAAUAAGUCUCUUCUGCUCACCAAGCCUGCAUUUCUUUGAACCAAGCAAAGUCAGUAAUAACUGUGAAAUAUUUUUGCUAUUUAAAAUAACUGCUUUCUAUUAGAAUAUAUUUUAAAAUGUAUUUUAUUCCUGUGAUCAAAGCUACACUUUCAGCAUCAUUACUUCAGUCUUCGGUGUCACAUGAUCCUCCAGAAAUCAUUCUAAUAUGCUGACUUGCUGAUCAGUAAACAUUUGUUAUUACUAUUAUCAAUAUUUAAAACUGUUGAGUUCAUUUAUAUAUAUAUAUAUAUAUAUAAUGAGAUCUUUAUGAUUUAUAUAUGCAAAAGAUUUCUAUUUCAGAUAAAUGCUGUUCUUCUGAACUUUCUACUCAUCAAAGGAACCUGAAAAAAUUCUACUCGGCUGUUUUCAAUAUAAUAAUAAUACAUGUUUUUUUUGGGGGUUUUUUUGAGUAGCAAAUUGGAAUAUUAGAAUGAUUUCUGACUGGAUAAUGAUGCUAAAAAUUCAGCAUUGAAAUCACAGGAAUAAAUUACAUUUUUAAAAUACAUUCAAAUAGGAAAGAGUUAUUUUAAAUAGUAAAAAUAUUUCAAAAAUGUACUGUUUUUGCUGUAAAUAAAUGCAGGCUUGGUGAGCAGAAGCAGCGACUUAAAAACAAAAAACAAAAAAACAUUAAAAAUCUUUUGGAACAUAAAAAAUUGGAACAUCAAAAAAACUUUUGACGGGUAGUGUAAAUUUUUAUUUUUUUUCUCUUUCUCUGAACAUCUGAGCCCAAUGUUUCUACUGUAGGUUAACCCAACCAGCACUGAGAAUACUGAAUGUCAUUGAGUUAAACCCAGUUUCACAAAGCUAGUCUGAUAAUCUCUGUGUCAGUGCAAAUAAAUCUGUGUAAUCCCAACAGAGACACACCUUACUGAUCCUGCUGGAAGCUUUGCAAUCUAGGUUGCAACCCUAAAGGACAUAAGUGAUGAUACAGUCUUUUUUUGCUAAAAUUGACAAAUGAAAGAUGUCUUUCAGAGUUUUCAAACACAGAAAAGACAUUGAGAAAUGUUUAGAUUUACAAAGUUGCUUUUAACAAAUUUAUCAUGUCAUUCCAUGUCUGUCAAUUUUGUACAUACUGUUUCAUCUAGCCUUUCAGCCAAACACAUUGUCCAUGUUGUCUUCACAGUGGUGACUCUUAACCACUAUCAUGCAUGAUCUGUUGCUCUCAGUUUCAACAGUUUGUAUUAGUUGGCAUGUUGUCUGUUGCAUGUGAGUCUUCUGCUUCCUGCAGUCCAUUGCAUCUGGAAAAAUGCGUCUUCUGUGUUUUUGCGGUGUACUAAUGGGUCUAACCUGUCUCAUUGUUGACGGUAACAUUCACUUGUCUACUGUAUGUCCAAUGUGAUCAGCUUGACUUAUGAAGAUAAACUACCAGUCAAAAGUUUUUGAACAGUAAGAUUUUAAUGUUUUUUUAAAGAAGUCUCUUCUGCUCAACAACCCUGCGUUUAUUUGAUCCGAAGUACAGCAGUAAAAUAAAAUAUUUUAACUAUUUAAAAUAACUGCUCUAUUUAAAUGUUUUAAAAUGUCAUUUAUUUCUGUAAUUUCAAAGCUGAAUUUAUAUAUUAUAUUAUAUUCUGAUUUGAAAACAUUUAUUGUGUUGAAAACAGCUGAGUAGAAUUUUUUUCAGGUUUUAAUGAAUAGAAAGUUCAGAAGAACAGCAUUUAUCUGAAAUCUUUAGUAACAUUUUGUAAUGUCUUAAUCAUCACUUUUGAGCAGUUUAAAGUGUCCUUACUAAAUAAAAGUAUUUAUUUCUAUAAUUUCUUUCCCAAAAAAUAAAUUAUACUAACUCCAAGUUUUUAUAAUGUUAUAUAUGUUCAAAAACUUUUAACUGGUAGUGUAUAUGAAUUAUUUACAAUAUGGAUCAGCUAUGAUGUGAUAAUUCUGAUGAUCAUUUUGUUUU